AUGGGUAGAUGGCCGUUGAUAUCCAACGAAAUUGACGGAACCACUCCAAUCCCAGAGUUUGAUAACUUGUAUCUUGACAUGAACUCUAUUUUGCACACAUGUACGCAUACGAAUGACAGUUCGCUGUUGAGAAUGACCGACGAUCAGAUGUUUGGGGCUAUUUUUGCCUAUAUCGACCAUCUGUUCAACAUCAUCAAGCCUCACAAGGUGUUCUACAUGGCAAUCGAUGGUGUCGCCCCAAGAGCCAAGAUGAAUCAACAACGUGCCAGACGGUUCAGAAGUGCCGUUGAGGCAGAAGAGAACUUGGAAAAGGCCAUCAAGGAGGGUAAAGAGAUCCCAAAAGAGCCUCCGUUCGACUCCAACGCAAUUACUCCCGGCACGGAGUUUAUGGCCAAAUUGACACAAAACCUCAAGUUCUACAUUAACCAAAAAGCCUCUACAGACUCAAGAUGGCAGAACGUGCGUAUAAUUCUGUCGGGACAUGAAGUUCCCGGUGAAGGAGAACACAAGAUCAUGGACUUCAUUAGAACCCAAAAGGCCCAGCCAAAGUACGACCCAAAUACCAGGCAUUGUGUCUACGGUCUGGACGCCGACCUUAUCAUGUUGGGUCUUGUUGCUCACGAGCCCCAUUUUGCACUUUUAAGAGAAGAAGUGACGUUUGGUCCUAAAGCUCAGACUCCAACAGACGACUUGACCAAGCAAACUUUCUUCUUGCUGCAUAUUUCUUUAGUGAGAGAAUAUUUGGAGUUGGAAUUCCAGGAAUUGCAAGACCAAGUGUCUUUUGACUACGAUUUCGAACGAAUCAUUGACGACUUCAUUUUGAUCAUGUACAUGUUGGGAAAUGAUUUCCUUCCAAACUUGCCAGAUCUGCAUCUUAAUAAAGGUGCCUUCCCGCUUUUGAUUGAGACAUUCAAAGAGUCCAUUAAGGACAUGGACGGUUACAUUAACGAAUACGGAACUAUAAAUUUCCAGAGAUUGGGCAAAUGGCUCGAGUAUCUUUCGGUGUUCGAGCUUGAGAACUUUGAGAAAGGUGAAGUUGAUGUUGAAUGGUUCAACAAGCAGCUGGACAACAUUUCCAAGCAAGGUGUCAAGAAGAGACUCAGACAGGGAAAAGAGCUGGUUUUGAAACACCAAAAGAAGGUGGUCGGUCUGAUCAGAGAGUGGAUUUACCGUAUUUACUCCAGCAAGUUCGAUGUCAGAGAACUGUUGCAGGAUGAGUCGAAAGUCCCUGAACUGCCGUUGCCUCGUGAAUUCUUCGACAGCGACUUCAACAAGGACUUUAUCGGCAAGUUCCUCUUUGAGUUGGGCGUCGCUGUGAUUCACAGCAAGUCCAAAGACACCUACACCGCUAAAUUGGACGUUGACGGUCUCAAUCCUGACUGGACAGACGAGGAGUACUUUGAGAAAGUCGACGAGAUCAGAAAGACUAUCAAGAAAUACCAAUCUGCCAUUGUGGUGGAGGACGAAGAGACUCUGGAGUCUCAGAAGGAUCUGUAUGAUACCAGAUUUGUGAAGUGGAAGAACCAGUACUAUAAGCAGAAGGUUGGAUUCACUCUGGAUGACGACGAGAAGAUCAAAGACAUGACAGAGAACUAUCUUGAAGGUUUGCAAUGGGUUUUGCAUUACUACUUCAACGGUAUUUGCUCUUGGCCGUGGUAUUACAGAUAUCAUUAUGCUCCUCGUAUUUCCGAUGUCAGCAGAGGUUUGCAAGUGAAGAUCAACUUCGAAAAAGGUCAACCAUUCAAGCCAUUCCAGCAAUUGAUGGCUGUUUUGCCAGCCAGAUCCAGACAGUUGAUUCCUACUGUUUAUAGACCGUUGAUGACCGAUCCAACGUCGCCAAUCAUUGAUUUCUACCCUGAUGACUGUGCGAUUGAUAUGAACGGAAAGAAGGCGUCAUGGGAAGCCGUUGUUUUACUUUCUUUUGUUGACCAGAACAGACUGAUCGAGGCUAUGGCACCGUACGACUCUAAACUGUCUCCUGAGGAGAAGAUUAGAAACAGUUUCGGCAGCGAUCUGCAGUUCCAAUUCAACCCUCAAAUCAAGCAUUUGAUCAAGAGUCCUCUUCCAGCAUCGUUCAAUGACUUUGAGUCGCACUGCACUGAAGUGGAGUACCACCUUCCUUCUGUUGAUGGUCUCAAAUUCAGAUAUGGACUCUGUGAAGGUGCCAAGUCGGGAAGAGAAGCUUUGGCCGGGUUCCCUUCGUUGAAGACGAUUCCAUUGCAGUACAACUUGGAGUAUGCUAGUGUUUUGGUUUUCCAACAACCGUCCAGAGCCAUGACUCUUAUCCUUACGUUGGAGAACCUGUUCAAGGAUCUCACCGUGGAACAAUUUGCCAAGGAACGUGUUGGACAGAUAGUUUACACCAAAUGGCCUUUCCUCAGAGAGGCCAAAGUUAUUAGUGUUACAGACAAUUUGAUGAAAUACGAACGUGUCAAGACAGGUUCUGUGUUCAAGGUUGUUUCUUCUCCACUGGAAUCAUUUGAGAGAGACGACUUUGAAAAGACGAGAUCUCACAUCUACAAUAGACUCCAGACCAAACAAGGUGUGAGAUUCGAGACUGUGGAUUCUUCUAGUGAAGAGUCUUCUUCCAAAUCAAAGUCUCACAACAAGUCCAAUCCUAUUGAGGGACUAGUUUAUGUUAGAGCUGUGAAUGGAUUGAUCAGAAAUGAACACGGAGCAUUUGUCAAGACAUACUCCAAUGAAGUUGAAGUUUAUCCUAUCCAGUUGAUUGUUGAUGAGGUGAUCAACAAGGACACCAGAUUCGAGGCCAGACCACCUGUUCCUAUUGAAGAGGAGUUCCCAGUUAGUUCGACGGUUGUUUUCCUUGGUGCUUUUGCUUACGGUACUCCUGCUGAGGUUGUCACUCACGAAAACAACAAGUUGACUUUGAAGGUGUCCAAGAUACCUAAAAAAGCGGAGCCUAACUUUGGUUUAGUCAGAGCCAAGCAGGAAAGAGAGGCCAUCAGAUACCAUCCUUCGUCGAAUGUUGCCAGAAUCCUGAGAAUCAGUCCGCUGUUCCUGUCCAAGUUGACCUCGUCGUAUUCUGUUGAGGGACCAACCGGCAGAAGAUUGGAUCUUGGUCUUCCACUCAAGUUUGAAGGAAGAAAACUCAAGGUUCUUGGAUACACCAAGAGAAACGACAGAUUCUGGGAGUAUAGUGAUUUGGCAAUUAGUUUGAUCCAGGAGUACAUGAGGAAGUUCCCUGACGUUUUCAAAGCUCUGAUGAACCACAAGUCGUCAUCCAUUCCUCGUGCUAGCGAGGUGUUCAAGAUAUCUGAGCCAGAUAAACUCAAGGCCAAACUGGACGCUAUCAACGCUUUCCUGAAAGAGAAAAAGUCCACUUUUGUCACUGUGAGCUUGGAGUCUGAGGCAUUGACCAAGAUCGGUAUUGCUGAGGUUGAAGAUAAGAUCAUCGAGUACUCCAACAGUCCACAGGCUGUGGAUACCAAGGGAAUCAAGGGAAUUCCAAGAAGCGCGGUUUUGGUUCCUUCGCAGUCGUUCCAACUACUGAGAAAGCAACAUUUCUCGCUUGGUGACCGCGUGGUGUACGUUUUGGACUCUGGAAACGUUCCGCUAUUCUCCAAGGGAACCGUGGUUGGAAUCAGAUUGCUUGAGACCAAGGUGGAACUACAAGUUCUGUUUGACCAGCCAAUCUUGACCGGUAACAAGUUUGACGGCAGAUUGAAGACACAGAGAGGACUGACCUUGGACUCGUCUGUUUUGUUGAACAUCACAGACAAGCAGUUCAUCUUCCAUUCCAAGGCAUCUAAGAAGGUCAGCCAGGGAGAUAAGAGCGAGGCCAAGAAACGGUACUUGUUGAAGAAGAAGCAAGAGAAGGAGAACGAGACCAAGACCAAGAAGGAGCUGCUGAACGUGAUCAAGAAACAGGAGCCUUCUUCGGAGACUCCUUCAGAGCCUGUCAAGCCUGCCGAGUCUCAGCCUGUCCCAACUGCUAGUAAGAACGGAGUUGCACAGAACGUGUUCAACUCUGUCUUGGGCCAAACUUUGCUGCCAAACGCACAAUACGGUGUUCCGUUCCCUGUGAAAACCAACGCCAAUGCCUCACAGGAAUUGAUGGGACUGCUGAAUGGCCAGAAGGCCGGUCAGUCAAACGUUUCUAAAUAA